AUGUCGCUGGACAAAGUGGCCCAAAUAUGUGUUCUGCACAGCUGGUUCACCUCCUUCUACGCUGUCUCAGUCUCAGCCUCGCUUUAUUGGGCGACUGAGCUACUAGCCAAAGGCCCUACUUUCCGAGCACUAGCCCAGCGUGUGCCAUCUACGAAUCAUUCCAUGACCUAUACUCAGGUCACGGUUGUCUGGGCCAUGAUGUUGGUUCAAGGCAGCCGUAGGCUUUACGAGUGCUUGCUCAUCGCUCGUCCCUCGCAGUCGAAGAUGUGGUUCGGGCACUGGCUGCUGGGGAUCGCUUUCUAUCUUGCAACCAGUAUUGCGAUAUGGAUCGAGGGCACCGGUAAGUUUGGAGGAUACUCCGUCAUGAACGUGGCCACUAAUGCUGGUUUAGCCUCAAUACAAAAGCAAAUCACGUCUGUCAAAGAUGUGAUGAUCACAGGACCCUCCAUCAAGUCGUUCGUGGGGAUCAUGCUAUUCAUGCUUGCGUCUGGAUUUCAGCACGACUGCCAUGCUUACUUGGCUUCCCUCAAAGACAUCAAGAAAGCUGAAGGUAAUGAUUCGAAGUCCGACUACCGUCUUCCCGAUCACCCGGCUUUCAAUAUAUCGGUCACGCCUCAUUAUUUCGCAGAGUGUCUGAUAUAUCUCUCGCUUGCGAUAGCGGCUGCACCUUGGGGCCAAUGGAUCAACUGGACCAUGUUUUGCGCUCUCACCUUUGUUGCGGUCAAUCUCGGUGUCACUGCCCACGGAACGAAGCUAUGGUACGAGAAGCGAUUUGGAGCGGCCGCUGUGCAGGGGAAGGCGAGAAUGAUUCCUCUCCUGUACUGA